UUUUGUAGUACAGAAAAUUGACCACUUUUGUCAUCAUUAUCGUACUACUCUCAAAAACCAAACUCAAAACCUUAAAUAUUCAUUUCAUUCAUUCACUCAGCUAAUUUAAGCCAAACCUUCCAAAUUCCCAAAAUGCCCCGCUUAACAACUCUUCUCCUUCUCUCUCUUCUCUUUCUCAUUUUCACCACCGCCGUCUUGGCCCACGGCGGCCACCACGACGGCGACGGCGGAGAUGAUGAUGAUGAUGGUGAUGUUGACUCAAAAGGGUCUGUUAAUCUUCAUUCAAGGCCUUUGAUUUUGGCCAAAGUUUGGUGCUUGAUUUUGAUAUUUAUUGGGACAUUUCUAGCCGGUUUGUCCCCUUAUUUUUUGAAAUGGAACGAGGGCUUUUUGGUAAUUGGCACACAAUUUGCCGGUGGGGUUUUUUUAGGGACUGCUCUUAUGCAUUUCUUAAGUGAUGCUAAUGAGACUUUUGGGGAUUUGACUAAGAAGAAAUAUCCAUUUGCUUUUAUGCUUGCUUGUUUUGGAUAUUUGUUAACUAUGCUAGCAGAUUGUGUUGUUUCUCAUGUUUAUUCUAAGCAAAAUCAUCAAGAUAUUGAUAAGGAAUAUCAACAACAAGAUAGUAUUGAGCAUGGAACAAAGAACAACAAUCAUCAUACAAACCCAGCAACAAGUGUAGCAUCAAUUGAUUCAUUAUCAGACAGUAUUUUGCUAAUUGUAGCCCUAUGUUUCCACUCAAUUUUCGAAGGAAUCGCCAUUGGAGUAGCCGAGACCAAAUCCGAUGCUUGGAAAGCCUUAUGGACAAUCUCUUUACACAAAAUAUUUGCAGCCAUAGCAAUGGGAAUAGCCCUACUCCGAAUGAUCCCAAACCGACCGUUGUUGUCAUGCGCUGCCUACGCAUUUGCCUUCGCCAUUUCCAGCCCGGUCGGGGUUGGAAUCGGAAUCAUCAUUGAUGCCACUACACAAGGCAAUGUGGCUGAUUGGAUCUUUGGAAUUUCAAUGGGAAUUGCUUGUGGGGUUUUUGUUUAUGUCUCAAUUAACCAUCUUUUAGCCAAAGGCUACACACCCAAUAAGCCUGUUGGUGUUGAUAAGUCUCAUAUUAAAUUUUUGGCUGUGUUGGUUGGUGUUGGGGUCAUUGCUAUUGUCAUGAUUUGGGAUACAUAAUAAUAAAUAAGUAUUUGGUGGUUGGUUAGACAAUUAGUUAGUUAAUUGCACUAAAAGAUGAUCCAACUAACUUUUUGGUGGGUCCAUUAAGUGGUUUUGUUUGGAUUUUAGAAUGUUGUAAACUAGGCUUUGGUGUUUCAAUACUAAAAAAAUCUCUUAAAGAA